AUCAGCAAGCAAGUGUAUGUACCAGUGUGUAUGUACCAUAAGCCCCGAGUCUUGAGUCUUGACUCACGUACUGCACUGUACGUUACUGUACUGUACAUACCCCCCAGGGCCCAAUUGCGGAUCUCGGUAGGCAUAUGUAGGUAAGCAUGUACGGCCUUACCUAGCAUAAGGUUCUUACCACCUGACAUUGACCCGCCCCGCUUCAACUUUCAACACGUCCAUCUAUAUCUACAUAUGUAUGGUAUGUAUGGUAUCUACCGGUUCUGUCUCAAGUUUCAACGUUGGCCUGUCCGCUGCAGGAAUAGAAAUAGGUACCGAUAUUUCCAUCUUGCAGACUUGCAGUCGCCUUGGAAACAUACCCCAGGUUGGGUCAGCUCGCUGCGUACAAAGUACGUCCUGGAGGUGUGUUUUGUUUUUGUUUUUGUGUUUUGUUUUUGGAUUUCCCCGUGGUCGAUGCCUGCCAGCUGGGCUGGCUGGCUGCUGGCUGGAUGGCCGCGAUGUUUUGCUUUGUAACUGGAGUGCAUACCUACUUUUUUACCUAUCUAUCCAUCCAUCCACCGCUGAACCCACCGCUGAACCCACUGCUGAACCCACUGCUGAACCCACUGCUGAACCCACUGCUGAACCCACUGCUGAACCCACUGCUGAACCCACUGCUGAACCCACUGCUGAACCCACUGCUGAACCCACUGCUGAACCCACUGCUGAACCCACUGCUGAACCCACUGCUGAACCCACUGCUGAACCCACUGCUGAACCCACUGCUGAACCCACUGCUGAACCCACCGCUGAACCCACUACAUGCCGUACGUAAACCCCACUCGCAUGUGGCGGGGGUACAUAGGGUAGAGUACAUACGUGAGAGGUACCCGUAAGUAUCUGCCGGACGAUAUUCUUAGGCAGUGUACAUACAUUGCAUUGUACUGUACAUUGUA